UUUCUUACCAUGUAUUCUCCUUUUAAACCAUCUCGUUCCUGCACACGCUCAGUCCUCGCAGCCACGGAUCUAACACAACUCCCCGGUCCUCGCCUGCAGGUCCUGUGCUCCCCAUCACUCAGCUGAUCCUCAUCUUUGCCUUUUAUUUCCCCCCACCCCCUGGGUGCUGAGGGGUUCUCACUUGCAGCGGACAUGGCAGAGUGCAUCCCCAAGCCUCCUUCCACCUGGCCCAUGGGUCCACAGCCCCACAACACCUCUGCUGCCUGCUCACUAGAGCCUGUGAACAUGGGGGUCUCAGAGCAGCAAAUGCCACUGGAGCAGCCCCCAUCCUCCCCAGAGCUGGGCGAAGAUGAGGAAGUCACCUCCCCGCCAGAUCCUGACGUUCCCUAUCCUGACUUGGCCCCGGUCGUCUUCUUUUGCUUGAAGCAGACUACCAGCCCACGGAGCUGGUGCAUCAAAAUGGUGUGCAACCCUUGGUUUGAGUGUGUCAGCAUGAUGGUGAUUUUGCUAAACUGUGUCACCCUGGGGAUGUACCAACCAUGUGAGGAUAUGGACUGCCUUUCUGACAGGUGUAAAAUCUUGCAGGUAUUUGAUGAUUUCAUCUUCAUUUUCUUUGCAAUGGAAAUGGUGUUAAAGAUGGUGGCCCUGGGGAUCUUUGGCAAGAAGUGCUACCUUGGAGAUACCUGGAACCGCCUGGAUUUCUUCAUUGUCAUGGCUGGGAUGGUGGAGUACUCUCUGGAUCUCCAAAACAUUAACUUGUCUGCAAUCCGUACUGUCCGCGUCCUGAGACCCCUGAAAGCUAUCAACCGUGUACCCAGCAUGCGCAUCCUUGUGAAUUUGCUCCUGGACACCUUGCCCAUGCUGGGGAACGUCCUCCUGCUCUGCUUCUUUGUCUUCUUCAUCUUCGGCAUCAUCGGGGUGCAGCUGUGGGCUGGGCUGCUCCGCAACCGCUGCUUCAUGGAGGAGAACUUCACCAUACAAGGUGACAUUGUCCUGCCCCCGUAUUAUCAGCCUGAGGAAGAUGAUGAGAUGCCCUUUAUCUGCUCACUGUCAGGAGACAAUGGAAUCAUGGGCUGUCAUGAGAUCCCGCCCCUGAAGGAACGGGGCCAUGAGUGUUGUUUGGACAAAGAUGAUUAUUAUUACUACAACUCAGUCCGGCAAGAGUUCAACGUCAGUGGCAUGUGUGUCAACUGGAACCAGUACUAUAACGUGUGCCGUACAGGCAAUGCCAAUCCACACAAGGGUGCCAUCAACUUUGACAACAUUGGGUAUGCCUGGAUUGUGAUAUUUCAGGUGAUCACACUGGAAGGGUGGGUGGAGAUCAUGUACUAUGUGAUGGAUGCCCAUUCAUUCUACAAUUUUAUCUACUUUAUCUUGCUGAUAAUUGUGGGCUCCUUCUUCAUGAUCAAUCUGUGUCUGGUGGUCAUUGCCACACAGUUCUCAGAAACCAAGCAGCGGGAGCACCAGCUUAUGCAGGAGCAGCGGGCCCGGUACCUCUCCUCCAGCACCGUUGCCAGCUACAUGGAGCCCGGAGACUGCUAUGAGGAGAUCUUCCAGUAUGUCUGCCACAUCAUGCGCAAAGCCAAACGCCGCACCCUUGGGCUGUACAACAGCAUACAGAGCCGGCGCCAGGGCCACGUGGAGCCGAGUGAUGCCCAACGAGGUGCCAACAGGAAAAAACAGAGGCACUACAGUAAGGAUUGCACGGGAAUUUGCCAACAGCACAAUCCUCUUGACUGCCCUCCUCAAGGCUUGGUCCAGCCCAUUGCUGUGACAGCAACCUCUGAUCUCACCAACUGCCCCCGAUGCCAUAGGGGGGAACAUGACACAUCCCGAAGGCUGUCUGUCCUGGACAGCGCUGACUCAGACCAGGAAGAUGGAGGAGACAGUGAAGCAGAGGGAGAAGGCUGCAGAGGUGACCAGAGUGCCUCAGUGCUGGAGAAAGAGGAAGAAGAAGUGGAAGAAGGUGGGAAGAUGAAGCUCUGUAGUGACAUGUGGCGGGAAGUUAGGGUGAAGCUUCGAGGGAUCGUGGACAGCAAGUACUUCAACCGUGGGAUCAUGAUCGCGAUCCUUGUGAACACUAUCAGCAUGGGCAUUGAGCACCACGAGCAGCCAGAGGAACUGACCAACAUCUUGGAGAUCAGCAACGUUGUCUUUACAAGCAUGUUUGCCUUGGAGAUGAUCCUGAAACUUGCUGCUUUUGGUCUGUUUGAUUACCUUCGCAACCCCUACAAUAUCUUUGACAGUAUCAUCGUCAUCAUCAGCAUCUGGGAGAUCAUUGGUCAGUCGGAUGGGGGCCUCUCAGUGCUGAGGACAUUCCGUCUCCUGCGUGUGCUGAAAUUGGUACGUUUCAUGCCUGCAUUGCGCCGCCAGCUCGUGGUGCUGAUGAAGACUAUGGACAACGUAGCCACCUUCUGCAUGCUUCUCAUGCUUUUCAUCUUCAUUUUCAGUAUCUUGGGAAUGCACAUCUUUGGUUGCAAGUUCAGCCUGAGGACGGAUACAGGUGAUACAGUUCCUGAUCGGAAAAAUUUUGACUCCCUGCUGUGGGCCAUUGUCACUGUCUUCCAGAUAUUAACCCAGGAGGACUGGAAUGUUGUGCUCUAUAAUGGCAUGGCCUCCACGUCACCAUGGGCAUCCCUUUACUUUGUGGCUCUUAUGACAUUUGGCAAUUACGUGCUCUUCAAUCUGCUAGUGGCCAUCCUCGUGGAGGGGUUUCAGGCUGAGGGUGAUGCCAACCGAUCAUACUCAGAAGAAGAUCAGAGUUCAUCAAACAUGGAAGAGUUAGAUCAGUUCCAAGAGAUCCAGGAGGGCUCAGAUCCCAAGCUUUGUGCAAUUUCUGUGACACCAAAUGGCCACUUGGACCCAUCCCUGCCCUCUUCCAAUGCCCCAGUGGCUGCUGGGGGAGUUUCCAACUCCUCACGCAACUCCCUGCAGCCUGACCAGAUCCGUGUUGCUGUUGGCUCCCGGAAGAGCAGUGUGAUGUCCCUGGGGAGAAUGACUUAUGAUCAGCGAUCUUUGUCCAGCUCUCGCAGUUCCCACUACGGUGCCUGGGGCCGCAGUGGGGCCUGGGGGAGCCGUCGUUCCAGCUGGAACAGCCUGGCACGAGGACACAGCCUGAAGCACAAACCUCCCUCUGCUGAGCAUGAGUCCCUCCUGUCCGGGGAGAGGCACAGGGCAGGAGAUAGGGAGCUGGAUGGAGCAGAGAGAGUGUUUCACCACCGCCGGACACUCUCUCUGGACAACAAAGACUCCUGUGACCUACUAGAGUUGGCCUCCAUCCCAUCUGGCCACAGAGGGACCUGUAGGCCAGGGACAACAUCAGGGGGCAGUGAACAUCAAGACUGCAACGGCAAAAUGCCCAGUAUUGCGAAAGAGAUCUUCCCAAAAAUGAACAACCGCAAGGAACGGGGAGAGGAUGAUGAAGAGAUAGACUACAGCCUGUGUUUUCGCAUCCGGAAGAUGAUGGAAGUCUAUAAGCCAGACUGGUGUGAGUUACGGGAAGACUGGUCCAUAUAUCUCUUCUCUCCACAAAACAGGUUUCGCCUCCUCUGCCAAACCAUCAUUGCUCACAAACUCUUUGACUACGUUGUGUUGGCCUUCAUCUUCCUGAAUUGCAUCACCAUUGCACUGGAGAGACCACAGAUUGAACACAGAAGCACGGAGAGAAUCUUUCUCACUGUGUCCAACUACAUUUUCACAGCAAUUUUUGUAGCUGAGAUGACACUGAAGGUGGUCUCUCUAGGCCUGUAUUUUGGGGAUCAAGCUUAUCUCCGCAGCAGCUGGAAUGUCCUGGAUGGCUUCUUGGUCUUCGUGUCUCUCAUCGACAUUGUGGUCUCAGUGGCUUCUGCUGGUGGUGCCAAAAUCCUAGGGGUGCUGCGGGUCCUCCGGCUACUGCGCACCUUACGGCCACUCCGAGUCAUCAGCCGAGCCCCUGGCCUCAAACUGGUGGUGGAGACACUUAUUUCUUCCCUCAAGCCCAUAGGAAACAUUGUCCUCAUCUGCUGCGCUUUCUUCAUCAUCUUUGGCAUCCUGGGUGUACAGCUCUUCAAGGGCAAGUUCUACCACUGCCUAGGGGUUGACAUCAGGAACAUCACCAACCGGUCUGACUGCAUGGCCGCCAACUACAAGUGGGUGCACCACAAGUACAACUUCGACAACCUGGGACAGGCCCUGAUGUCUCUCUUUGUUCUGGCUUCCAAGGAUGGCUGGGUCAAUAUUAUGUAUAAUGGACUAGAUGCUGUGGCUGUUGACCAGCAGCCGGUGACCAACAACAACCCCUGGAUGCUCCUCUACUUCAUCUCCUUCCUCCUCAUUGUCAGCUUCUUCGUGCUCAACAUGUUUGUGGGGGUAGUGGUGGAGAACUUCCACAAGUGCCGACAGCACCAGGAGGCUGAGGAGGCCCGCCGGCGAGAGGAGAAGCGCCUGCGGCGACUGGAGAAGAAGCGAAGGAGUAAGGCACAGCCUAAGUGUUUGGUUGAGGCGCAGCGUUUGCCGUACUAUGCUACCUACUGCCCCAUACGCCUCCUAAUCCAUUCGGUCUGCACAAGCCACUAUCUGGACAUCUUCAUCACUUUCAUCAUCUGCCUCAACGUGGUCACCAUGUCCUUGGAGCACUACAACCAACCUGUGUCCCUGGAGACCGCUCUUAAAUACUGUAACUACCUGUUCACCACUGUGUUUGUGUUGGAGGCAGUUCUCAAGCUGGUGGCCUUCGGUCUACGUCGGUUCUUCAAGGACAGGUGGAACCAGCUAGAUCUGGCCAUUGUGCUGCUGUCUGUCAUGGGCAUUACAUUGGAAGAGAUUGAAAUCAAUGCGGCUCUCCCAAUUAACCCCACUAUCAUCAGGAUCAUGAGAGUGCUGCGCAUCGCCCGUGUCCUGAAGCUGUUGAAGAUGGCCACUGGAAUGCGAGCACUGCUGGAUACAGUCGUUCAAGCCUUACCACAGGUGGGGAACCUUGGACUGCUUUUCAUGCUCCUCUUUUUCAUCUAUGCUGCUCUAGGAGUGGAGCUUUUUGGAAAACUGGUAUGCAAUGAUGAGAACCCCUGCGAGGGCAUGAGCCGUCAUGCUACCUUUGAGAACUUUGGGAUGGCCUUCCUCACACUCUUCCAGGUGUCCACGGGAGACAACUGGAACGGAAUCAUGAAGGAUACCUUACGCGACUGCAGCCACGAUGACCGGAGCUGCCUCAGCAACCUGCAGUUCAUCUCCCCACUGUACUUUGUCAGCUUUGUGCUCACAGCCCAGUUUGUCCUCAUCAAUGUGGUGGUAGCUGUUCUCAUGAAACAUCUGGAUGACAGCAACAAGGAAGCCCAGGAGGAUGCAGAAAUGGAUGCUGAGAUUGAGCUGGAAUUUGCGCAUGGACUGUGCUCCCGCAAGUCAGGCUCCUCCAAAUCAAGGCAGGGAAAAGGAGCAGGAACAGGAAGCGGUGGUGGGAGAACAGAGCCUGAAGGACGUAUGUGCACGAGAUGCUACUCUCCUGCCCAGGAGAACUUAUGGCUGGACAGUGUCUCUUUAAUUAUUAAGGACUCCUUCGACGGGGAGUUAAUGAUCAUCGAUAACCUAUCGGGCUCCGUCUUCCAUCAUUACUCCUCGCCGGCCAUGUGCGAGAAGUGUAACCAUGACAAGCAAGAGGUCCAGCUGGCUGAAAUGGAAGCAUUAUCCCUCAAUUCAGACAAGUCCUCUUCCAUCCUUCUAGGAGAUGAAUCAGAUAAUCGCAGCACUUCUCAGCUGAGUCCUAAGGAGACCAAGGAUGGCCAGGACAGCCCUGACUCCACUGAGGCAGGAGAUCUAGGGGAACACUUGCUUCCAAUAUCCAGCACAGAUGGCUCCACAAACCCAGACAGUUACCUGUGUGAAAUAGAGAAAACUCCUUUCAACUCAGUCCAGUCUUGGCUAAAGCAUGAAGGUACCAAAGUCCCUCCCAGCCCCUUUUCUCCAGGUACAUCGUGCCCUCUGUUACCUGUACCAGCAGAAUUUUUCCACCCAGCCAUCUCUGCUGCCCAGACAGGGCCUGAGAAGGUCUCGUGUGCACAUAACCUUCCUAAGAUCUCUCUGCAAGGCUCAUGGGCAUCACUGAGAUCUCCGAGCGUGAACUGUUCACUUCUUCACCAGGCUCCUGAGAGCGACACAUCACUGGACAGUCGGAGCAGCAGCUCGGCGGGCAGCCUGCAGACCACACUGGAGGACAGCCUCAAUCUCAGUGAUUCUCCGCAGUGUACCCUGGACCUCCCCGUGGCCCUGUGCCCCAUGCCGGCUGCUGGCGACCAAAGACCCCUGGCAGCUCCCCUGUCCCCCACCUCCCGUCGCCGCAGCCUACGGGGCCGGGGGCUCUUCACCCUGCGCAGCAUCCGUCGGCACCAGCGCAGCCACAGCAGUGGUGGGAGCACCAGCCCUGGUUGCACCCACCAUGACUCCAUGGACCCUUCGGAUGAGGAGGGGGCAGGAAGCAGUUUGCGGGGUGGAGGCAACAACAGCGAGCCCUCGGAGACCCUCAGCAGCCUCUCGCUGACCUCCCUUUUCUCGCCCCCGCCGCCAGGGCUGACGCUGGGGAAGAAGUGCAGCAGCACCAGCAGCCUCCACGCCAGCCCUUCGCUCCGCCGUCCUGCUGCCCACCACACCAAGCCCUUCUACACCGUUGACCCCAAGGGCUUCCUCUCCAUGCCCUCCUGGGUGACGGACUUCUGCAAGGACACCCCUCCACAAGUGCAAGGAGCAGAGCCCGACGGCCCCAGCAGACUGGGGACAGGGGAAUGCGGCUCCCUGCUGCCGUCCGAGCUGGGCGAUGGGGUCAGCAAGAGGAACAGAUGAGGGUCCCUGGGUGUGGGGUGUGCGGAGUCUUUGGCCACCGGCAUGGGGAACACAUUUUGGCAGUUGCUUCCCAGCAGCGAUUCCAAAGGAUUUGGGGGAAAAAGAACCAGGCAAACAAAAAAUUAUAAAUAUAUAUAUAUACAUAAAUAUAUAUAUAUAUAUAUAUAUAUAGAAUAAAUACUCUGGUACCGUACCUCAGAGGCGUGGGAGAAUGCAAGCAAUACGGGAACAGUCCUGCCCUAGGGCAAGACCUGGACCAUCACUGCAGAGACUACAGCAACAAGAAAAGGCCAUGGGGCUGGGAGGGAUGGGACCCUCCGGCCAGGCAACCACUGCCUGUCAGCCAUUUAGUUAUAUACAUAUACAUAUACAUAUAUAGAGAGAGAUCGAUUUAUUUAUUUUUUUUACAGAGAGAUUAUGAAUUUCAGAAAGUGCUAAGGAGGACCAAGCAAAUGGGAGCUG